CCUACUUUCACAAGUAAAACAAGAAGCGCCACUAGGCGUGCUAAAAGUACGCCAACUAAACCCAGUUCAAAGAGAAUGGUUUUCUAAAAGUCCAACCAACCUCAAUAAUAAUGCGAGCGGAUUCACAGACGAGGCAUCAAUUCUAAGAGUAUAUUUCGCAGGAUCGUUUGUGAUGGCUACUACUGAGAUGGAAUCUGGUUCUGUGGAAAGCAAACCAGAACAUCGGACAUAUCACUCUGACUCAAAGUACCCGCUGAAAGUACUUUACUGUGGAGUGUGCUCUCUUCCUACGGAGUACUGUGAGUACAUGCCUGAGCCAGCUAAAUGUAGGCACUGGCUUGAGAAGAACUUCCCAGAUGUGUUUGCCACGAUGACUGUAGGCCCGGCAGCGAACGCCCCCAAACAGGAUCUCAGCGCCGGAGAAGCGCCUCCUGCUGGCGAGGAGGAGGAGAAAAAGAAACAGAAGAGAGGUGGCAGAGGACAGAUCAAACAGAAAAAGAAGACUCUUCCUCAGAAAGUCACAAUAGCAAAAAUCCCAAGAGCCAAGAAAAAAUAUGUGACCAGAGUGUGCGGCAUGGCGACAUUUGACAUCGAACUUAAAGAAGCUCAGCGGUUCUUCGCCCAGAAAUUCUCCUGUGGUGCCUCAGUGACAGCGGAGGAUGAAAUAAUCAUUCAGGGAGAUUUCACAGACGACAUCAUCGACGUCAUUCAAGAGAAGUGGCCCGAGGUGGACGAUGAAAGCAUCGAAGAUCUCGGUGAAGUCAAGAAGUGAAGACCAAAUAUGCACUUUUACUGAAACGGAUGUGACCUGUAACGACGACAACCUGGCCAAAUGUACACAUUACGUCAUUUUAUACCUAUUUUAUUUACUGUUCAUAAAAAGCUGCGGACUCUGCCACUCACUUGGCUUCAUUUUUCCUUUUUUUCCCCUUUUGGUUAUUAUAAUAGCUGCUUUCUCUCGCUUGCCAAAGGUGGUAUGACAUGAAACCUCCCAAAUGUUCUUCACUCAAACAGAAACUGUAGGCUAAUAAAUUUCAGUCUCCUUCGCCUGUA